AUGGAGAAGGUCCAGUUCCAGCUCGAGGGGACUCUCCCCGAGCUCAAGGACCUGCACGAGAAGGGUCUCUUCUCCCGUCCGGAGAUCCAGGAGAUCACGAAGCGGAGAACAGCGUUCGAGACGGCCCUCGUGCGACGACAGGCAAGGAAGGACGACUUCUUCAAGUAUGCCGAGUACGAGAUCAACCUGGAGAAGCUGAGGAAGAUUCGAUGGAAGAAGCUGACCCAGCUGACAGCAGAAUACGACCGCAACCCCCCUCCGCCAAGCGCAUCAACGUACUCCAUCCCCCGCCGCGUGCUGUACAUCCUGAAACGCGCCACAGCCAAGUUCCCGGGGGACCUGGCCGUGUGGCUCGCCUAUGUCGAGUUCGGCGCCCGGGAGGGCAUGACGAAGAUCGUCGCGAAAGGUCUGAACUCGGCGCUGCAGCACCACCCCCUCUCGCCGACGCUCUACCUCCUCCAGUCCUACCACCACCUGCACCCGGGCACGCCCCUGCCCCGAUCGGGCGAAGAGGACGCGAAACUGGGCGCAUUGGCCGGACCAGCGCUGGACGAGGCUCGCCCGGCCCUCGCGUUUGCAUUGGAGGGAACAGGACCGGCACGCACGACGCUGCUCCUGGGUCUGCGCCUGUUACCGGGCAGUCACGCCCUGUGGCGCGCGUACGUGAAGCUGGAACUGGGCUGGGUCGAGGCGCUGCGAAGGCGCUGGCGCGCGCUGGGCAUCGAGGGGGCCGUCGACUCGAGUUUCGACGGGGACCAGCUGGCCCUCAAGGGCGGAGAAGGCUCCUUCGGGCCAGAGGGAGAGGAGGCGCGGCGCGCGAUUCUGUCGGGCCAGCUCGUGCUGGCUGCCCUGUCCGAGGCGCUCAAGAAGGUGUCUCCGACAGACCGCGAUGCGCACGACGCGGGCAGCGACGGCAUCCAGUUCCGCGCCGACCUGCUCACCAUGCUGAGGGCGUAUCCCUCCCCACUCCGAUCCAAGGCCCUGGAGGCCGUGUAUGCGGACCUCGAAUCCCUCACGACAAACGCGAAGUUUAGCGAGGAGACCCGCGCGCGCGCCGCGCUCCUCCUCCUCACCCGCGGCCUGUAUGACCGGGAGUACGUCCCGGGCGAGACCGUUCUGAAGCCAGGAGAACCAGCACUGAAGGGCAGCGCGCUCGUCGACUUCUACGCCCACCUCGGGAGCGAACUGAAGGGCGCCUCCGGCUCCAUGGCGACAACAGCGGGCCUCUGGCUUCUGGACCAACUAUCCGCCCUCGAGCCCGAGAUGCGUGCCUACGUCCUCGGUCUCCUCGGACGGCUGACGCGGCGUAAGGCGCACCCGUCCCCCGACCUUCUGCUCCGGCAUCUCGACGCCGUGGCGGCUUAUGGCACGCCGACACUCGCGCUCGUGCGGAAACACGCGGGGCUGUAUCCCGGCAACGCGGUCCUGCAGCUUGCGCGGGUGAAUGCCGAGGUCGAGGCGAUGGAGGCUGGAGAUGCAGAGGCGCUGGACAAGUCAGAGCUGGAGGGCAUGUUUGCGAGCCUGACGAAGGAGCUCCGACCCGACACGUCUUCGCCCGAGGACGUCGAUGCGACGGUGCAGAUCUGGACCGAGUGGGCCCUCAGCGCGUCAGACAUGGUGCCCAUCCUGCGCGCGUCGCUGCGCUCCCCCAUCCCGAGUCUGCACUCCCGCCUCCUGUCCACUUGGUUCUUCACACUCCUUUCCUCGGGCCUUGCACCCGGCGAGGCGCUCAAGAAGGCGCAGGCUUAUUCCCCGGGCUCGGAGUUCUACGCGCAGGCAUUCGAACAGCUCGCCCAGCUUAAUGGGGAAGAAGGGGCUAUGCGCUCCUUCUACGACGCUUGGAAGCGGAACUCCGCUGGAAGCGAGGUCGUGGCGGCCGCUCUGGCUUAUGCGCGCUGGCUCGUUGAGAGGCGUAAAGGACGAGAGGCGCGGACGGUCGUCGAGACGGCUAAGCGGCAAGCGCGCGAGUUUGAGGGCGAGCUGGAGGAGGGGUGGGAGCGGAUUCUGGAGGAUGCGGAGCGGGAGGAGGACGAGGAGCUCGAGGAUGAGGAGAUUGAGAGCGACGAGUCUGAAGAGGAGGAGGAGAGAAGUGACGACGAGGAUGAGAGCGAGGACGACGAGGGAGACGUCCAGAUGGGCGAGGAGGAGGACGUCGAGAGUCACGACAGCAGCGAUCUCGAGAUUGCCAUGUAG